AUGACGCUUAAUAGUCCACGCUUAGCACUUCGUCUAGGUUCAUUUUAUUCUGUAUGUUAUAUAACGAACACUCUCUAUGAUAUAAGGGACCCUGUCCAUGCUAUAAGGGACCCUGUCUUUGAUACAAGGUAUCCUGUCCAUGAUACAAAGGACCCUGUCUUUGAUACAAAGGACCCUGUCUUUGAUACAAAGGACCUUGUCCAUGAUACAAGGUACCCUGUCUUUGAUAUAAAGGACCCUGUCUUUGAUACAAAGGACCCUGUCUUUGAUACAAAGGACCCUGUCCAUGAUACAAUGGACCCUGUCUUUGAUACAAAGGACCCUGUCUUUGAAACAAGGUACCCUGUCUUUGAUACAAAGGACCCUGUCUUUGAAACAAGGUACCCUGUCUUUGAUACAAGGUACCCUGUCUUUCAUACAAAGGACCCUGUCUUUGAUACAAUGGACCCUGUCUUUGAUAUAAAGGACCCUGUCCAUGAUAUAAGGGACCCUGUCUUAGAUACAAGGGACCCUGUCCACGAUACAAGGGACGCUGUCUUUGAUACAAAGGACCCUGUCUUUGAUACAAAUGACCCUAUCCCUGAUAUAAAGGAUCCUGUCCAUGAUACAAGGGACCCUGUCCAUGAUAUAAGGGACUCUGUCCAUGAUAUAAGGGACCCUGUACAUGAUACAAGGGACCCUGUCCAUGAUAUAAAGGACCCUGUCCAUGAUACAAGGAGCACUGUGUUGCAAAGGGGCACUGUCUAUGUAACCUGGGACACAGUCUAUGAUACAAAGGGCACUGUAUGUAAACUCGGGGCACUGUUCAUUGGAGCAAUGCGUAUUUCCCAAUGCGUACUUGAGUACACCACCACUGAAUAA